UUUUAUACGUUGCAUCGCAAUGCACCGAUGGCUUUGACUGCACGCUCAGUCACUCGAUGGAUCGCCGAGCUAGAGUUGCCGCGGUCCGUUCAGACCUCGCGCGAUAUUCGUGGGUCGCGUUCGGGUUGGAACGAGAGCCGCUAAGUCCUCCGAUGCGCGCCAAUCGAAAGACCGUAACACGAUUGAAAACCUUUUAUAUUCUCUCUUUCGCUCCUUUCGCUGCACGAAGCUAAGCGAAUGUCAUCGAAGUUGCGAAAAAUUAGUCUCGAGACGCGUGCUCGUAAAUGGUUUGCAAAUUUUUAAACUCGCGCAGCUCGUCGUUUUCUUUGACGCGAGAAGAGAAGAUCUCGCCGCGUAAAUUUGCAUUCCGCGACAUUCUUAAAAUAAACCGGGCUUUCUUCGCCCGGCUGUGUCACUCGAACGAAGAUCUCGUUAGGACUUUUUGUCACGUCUCCUUUCUCUCGCGCGUUCCCGACGCGACGAAGCGCAAAUUGCGCCUCGCUUAUAAAAAGGUUCUUCUUCCUCCGACACCUUCCGACGAUUAAAGCCUUCUUCCGCGUCGCAUGGCAUCGUACCGAUAGUCGUCGUCACUUUUUGGAACGCGUUUCUCGCUCCAGUUGCCGAAUAAAUGCUCGAUGACAUCUUCUUUCUCUUUCUCUUGUUCGAAACGAUAAAGACUUCGCUCGUAUCAUCCGAGAGGCUUUCCGAAGCACUUUGGGAGGCAUCAAGACACAAUCGAGCAGCUCGAGUUGCAAAAAGGUCGUUCGCUCGUCCAAAAAGAAGUCAGCGUCCGAUAAAGAUGUCUCGUGGGGUGCAUCGGUUGGACGUCGUCCUGCUCUCGAUGCUGUUACUAACGACGAUGCUAGCCGGCACAAGAUCCACUUCCGUGCGUUGCGAGGACGCGAGGCUUAGGUGCGCUUAUAGAACCGGAUGUGGAAUGGCUCUCCAACACUACGUCACCGGUUGCGCCUCCGUUUUGCAAGGUGACAAUUGCUCCGACGCUUGUCAGCACGCGCUCAUCGCUUUGACCAGUACCGACGAGGGAAAGGAGCUCAUGACGUGUCAAUGCACGCGAGACGACGAGCUCUGUCAACAAUCGAAGCAGAGAGUCGAGAUUUGUAGAUCGUCGGUGACGACGGCUAUGAACAGGACGAGGGUAUCCUGCAGGAUAGCCACUUGGAUAUGCAACGCGGACGCGCUCUGUCAAACGGCUUUAUCGUAUUACAACAAAUUUUGCAAGAGCAUGUUCCACGGAAAGAAGUGCACCCAUCGAUGUAGAAACUCUAUCAACAUAUUGACGCGACAAGAAAAGGCGGCGAAGCUCAGUACCUGUCUCUGCGACGGGUCCGAGGAGUACGAUUGCAAGGGGAUCCAUCGUAAUAUGAAUACGUUGUGCUUCGGAAGGAUUCAUCACGAUUAUCGCCAAGUAAAAAAAGUCGUCGACGAGACCAGGACGAACGAGAUCGUCCGAACGGAGACGAACGUUCUUGGGAACGAGGCGGCCGCGGCCGCGGCCGCGGCCACGACCGUUCGUCCUUUCGUCGACGGAACGACGUUGGCGAUGUCCGUCGCUUUGCUCCUUUUUGCGAGCCAAGACUGAUGCCGAGCAUCACCCAGUGGCAAGACGAAAUGUCCAAAUAAAAGUACAGUAUUCCGCGAGUGAACGACCAAAGAGCAUUUUUCUAGGAAUGUUUACGAAUAAGCGCCGGACCGGAACGCGGUCCAGGAAGAGGACCGCCAGAGAUAAAGCUGCCGCUUUUGUCCCCGAGGAUCCUUAUCGAAGACUGCGCUUUGCGUUAAAGACGCAAAGAUUUCCGAUAGAAACCAACCGCGUGUUCCAAAAAAUUCUGCAAAGAAACUGACCGAGCGAAAGGAGCAAGGAGACCGUUUUGCGUUGUACAUUGAUUAUGUAUUAUAGAGUAACGGAUAGGGAUAUUUGUUUUUAAUAUUGUUGCGUUAUAAGUAUUAUUAUUAUUAUUAUUCUUAAUUUAUGACAAAGCACGACCGAACGUUGAUCGCAAUCGCAAAAGUCAUUCUUCCCUUUUGGAGGAUGCGAAAGACUUUUCUAUUCGAUUUUUUUCUUUUCGUUAUUCAGCGCUCACCUAACUUUCUCAUCGACGACGUAUCCCACCGUAUUUUAUUACGUUCGAAACAUCUGUCAAUCGAUACAUAGGACGAGCGUACACGCUCGUCAGAAUCAAAGGAAUCAUCGAAAUACGAUAUCGUACGUUCAUUAUGUGAAAAUAAGCGCGAGUUACCAAGCUACACGUAUGCGUUUCGAAAUAAUCCGUAAGGGCGGAAAUACUUAUCUUCUUCGUUUCUUCCUAUCUUUGUUUCACUCAUAACGCGAACGAUGAAGAAGUUGACGAGAACAUUCAGAUUAUCGAGGGUGAUUGCGUAAAGAGGAGUCGCGUUAAAAGUAAAAUGGGAGAUGUCGAUACUGGUUAUCAAUGAAAAUAAGAAAAAAGAACUUUUCCGAUGCUACUUUGUCUAAGACUCCCUCGAAAAAUGAAAACUAACAAAAUAUCGAGCCGCGUUAUCAAAAAGAUUUGUAACGGGCGACGAGAAUGCAACGAAGGUACAACGACUGUAAAUUAUUUUUAUCUAUUGUAAUUACUUUUAAUUAUUGUACGACUAUCAUCGCAUCAUUUUCUUCUACCAAUGGACAAUCGAGAGUAUUUAAUUAAAACAAUAAACAUAUUUCCUACCACCGUGUGUCGAUGCGUUGCUCGAAAGGAAGGCAGGCGGGUAGGCAGGCAGGCAGGCAAGCAGGCAGUUAGCGAAGGGACAAAAUAAAAGAUCACAAGUAGCCACUCGAUAUCGGACAGGUGCACGACGAAGACGAUUAUUAUCUAACGAUCGCGUACCUCAUUCUUUAAACCGAGAUGAUCGAGAAGAAUCGUAACAAUGCUCGCAUAACGACUCUUUGGAUAUAAACUUUCAAAACUAUCCCCUCCUUUAAGACUCCGGGGGGGGGGGG